UGGGGCGAGGCGCGCCCCUGGCGGCCGUUGAAAGAUGGCGACCGUGGCCGAGCUGAAGGCUGUUUUAAGGGACACCUUGGAGAAAAGGGGUGCCCUGGGACAUUUAAAAGCCCAGAUUCGUGCUGAAGUAUUCGGUGUCCUCGAUGAUGACCAGGAGCCCCGACCAACACUGUCACAUGAGAACCUGCUCAUUAACGAGUUGAUCCGUGAGUACUUGGAGUUCAACAAAUACAAGUACACCGCUUCUGUGCUCCUGGCAGAAUCUGGUCAGCCGCCCGUUCCACUGGACAGACAAUUUCUCAUCCGGGAACUCAAUGCAUUUGAAGAAUCAAAGGAUAAUACAAUACCUAUUUUAUAUGGGAUUUUAGGUCAUCUCUCAAAGAGAACCACUGAUGACUUCCCAAGCGCCUUUGCCAUAGGAUCUUCUCAUCAGCCCAGCAGCCUUGGCCUCAACCGACAAGCCAGUGGGAGAAAGAAGAGGGGUGGUCGCCCACGGACAGAGAAGGAAAAUCCCCAUGUUUCUCCAGCUGUGAAGAGAUGAUCUUCCCAUCAGAGCAGCCUUCCCUUCACCUUAUAGAUUCUAAAUAACUUAUUUCUUUAUUCUCCCCAUGGUACCCAAACAUUCAAUGAUAUUUAUACUUUCUAGAGAUCAGAGUUUCUGGAAACCACUAAACCCCUCAUGUUUUACUGCAUUUAAAAAUAAAAACAAACU